AUGGAGGCAGAUUGGGACGAGAUCACUCGCAUAGCAGUGCCGUCGUCGGGACUGCAUGCAAUUCCCACCCCAGCCAGUGCCGUCGCUUUUGAUGAUUUGCAGGAACUUCUAUGGGUCGGCAACGAUCAGGGACGAGUCACCUCAUUCUAUGGCCCCGAGUUGCAACGGUACGUCUCGGUCAAGGCUCAUCUGGGAGAAGGCCCAGUCAAGCAACUGUUGGUCCACGAAAAGGGUAUCCUUUCCAUCUCGUCUUCUUCCGUCCACUUCGUCAGUCGCAGAGGCUUAACACAAUGGCACAUCUCACACCGCCUGAUGACGGAUCUCCGCUGCAUGGGUUUUGCUGCUACAAACAGUCUCGUCCUUGUGGCAGGAUGUCAAAGCACCUUCUUUGUUAUUGACGUCGACAAAGGCCAAAUUGUCUCGGAACAUCCCGCACAGGCAAAGUACACCAUCCUAAGGAAAAGCCGCCACAUAUGUGCCGCGACUGAUGACGGCAACGUGCAUAUCCUCAGUUUGACCGACUACCAGCUCCUCAAAUCCUGGAAAGCCCACUCUAGCGCGGUCAACGACAUGGAUGCCCGCAAUGACUUUCUUAUCACUUGCGGAUUCUCGGUCAGGCAGUUGGGCGUGCCUAUCGUCGACCCGUUGGCCAAUGUUUACGAUCUGAAGUCUCUCACAUCUCUGCCUCCGAUACCUUUUCAUGCGGGAGCCGCAUACGCGCGCUUACAUCCUAAACUCCAGACCACCAGCUUCGUCGCGUCACAGACCGGGCAAAUGCAGGUGGUGGAUCUGAUGAACCCGGUGAAUGUCAUGCUUAAACAAGCGAAUGUUCAAUUCAUGCUAGGAAUGGAAAUCGCCUCCUCGGGAGAUGCCCUCGUGAUUACUGAUUCCAACGGGUGGAUAUAUCUUUGGGGGUCACCUUCGAAAGUCCGCUUCAACAACAUCAGCCAGGAAACAGAAUUUGCAGAUCCUCCCCCCCAGCAGGUUCCCCAUGUCGACUGGAACGACUCCCCGCUCCAUACCAUAGGCAUGCCGUACUAUUCAGAGCCUCUUUUGUCGGCGUGGCCAAGCCACAUGGUAUUUGAGGUAGGAGCGCCACCACCGCCGGUCGAACCGUCGCUGCUGUUCCACAUGCAGACGGCCGAGAUGGGACAUUAUGCGCCGAACCUGAAUCCUCGAAAGCUUCUCCGCUACCAGGUGGAAGAUACCAGAAUAGGCCACGUCCCUGCUUCAAUCACUGCGCCCAAGUUUCUGAGCGAAAAGGCCAAAGAAGCGCCCGCCAAUGGAAACGGCCGGAAGCUUUCGGACGCCGCUGAAGGAUUGGCCGGUAUAUCUCUCAAUGGCCGGGCGCAAACCGACGAGGAACGAAUGCUCAAAUACAGCAAUGUCGAGAUCAAGUACAGCAGAUUCGGGGUUGACGACUUUGAUUUUCGAUAUUACAACAAGACUCCUUAUUCUGGACUGGAAACGCAUAUUGCCAAUUCAUUCAUCAACUCACUGUUACAGCUGUACAAAUUUAUUCCUCUCAUCCGCAAUGUGGCCAUCCAGCAUGCCGCCACGUCGUGCGUGGCGAGUCAAUGUUUACUGUGCGAAUUUGGCUUUCUCUUCGACAUGCUGGAAAAGGCAAAUGGCCAGAACUGCCAGGCGACAAAUCUUUUGAGAGCCUUUGGAGCCUCUAGGGAAGCCGCGAACCUCAGCCUUUUCGAAAAUUUGUCCCUGGCCAACGGGACGCCGCUCUCGACCACGAUCCAGGCCGUAAAUCGAUUCUUCUUAAAGCAAAUGGCGCAAGACUAUGUCACAAUGUCGACGAGUAGUGAUGGGAUCGAUGAGAUUAUCGCGAGUAAAGCGUUUGAAGCCAUCCGUUGUAUGUAUUGCAACAAUGAGACGACCAAACCGGCAAGCACGUACGUGCACGACCUUGUCUAUCCACAAUUCGAGCCAAAGCACUCUAUGAGAUACAUCAAGUUUUCGUCCAUCCUGAAGACCACCAUCGAACGAGAAGCUAAGAACCGGGGUUGGUGUAGCCGAUGCCGAAGGUAUCAACAGUUGGCGAUCCGGAAAACAGUCCGGCAACUACCUUUCGUGUUGAUGAUCAAUGCGGCACUCGGGACUAACCCUGCAAUGCGCGCCAUCUGGGAGACCCCGGGGUGGCUUCCUUCCGAGAUUGGCGUUAUUGUACAGGAUAGGAACGUGUACGUCUUCGAAGGUUCCGACCUCGCCCUGCAUCAGCGAAACAAAUCACCGGGUCUGGUGAUCUACGAGCUCGUUGGCUUCGUCGCCGAGAUUGACACCAGUGAACGGCAUCAACCUCACCUCGUCAGCAUGGUGAAUGUGGAGAUCUCCAGCAGUGGACCCGACAUCUCCCAAAAUCACAAAGUCUUUCCCAAUUGGCAUCUCUUCAACGACUUUUUGGUGUCUCCGGUUGAUCCCCGCGAAGCCGUCCAUUUCAACAAGGGCUGGAAAAUGCCUAGCGUCCUUGCCUACCAAGUGAAGAAUGCGCACGGCAAGCUUGAUCACAACUGGAAACGAAGUUUGGACACGACCUUGUUGUACCAACACUAUAGCAUCAAUGGCAUCUAUCCCAAGGAGGGCUGCAAGAUCCUCGCACCAGAAGAGCACCCCGCGAAAGGCACCCCCAUUGCGCUAGACACGGAAUUUGUCGAGCUGGAGAAAGCCGAGAUCAAUGUCAAGGCGGACGGAACGCAAGAAACCAUUCGGCCGGCGAAGAGUGGUCUCGCCCGUGUCAGCGUGUUGCGCGGCCAGGGCGAGGACGAGGGCGUCCCUUUUAUCGAUGACUACAUCACCAUCUACGAGCCGAUUGUUGACUACAAAACUCAGUAUUCCGGCAUUCGCCCAGGCGAUCUUGAUGCCCAACUUUCACAUCACAACCUCGUGCCUCUGAAGGUGGCCUACAAAAAGUUAUGGAUUCUGCUUAACCUGGGCUGUAUUUUCGUGGGCCACGGUUUGGCGUCUGAUUUUCGGAAGGCCAAUAUCCAUGUUCCCAAGUCGCAAACCGUCGACACGCAGUACCUGUACCUCGCCCCUGGCAAGCAUCGGCGGCUUUCCCUACGAUAUCUUGCGUGGGCGGUAUUCAAGGAAUAUAUCCAGGAAGAAACGACGCUGGAUGAGGCGAUGCAAGUCGAUGGGCAUGACAGCAUUGAAGACGCACGCAUGGCGCUACGCCUGUGGCGCAAGUUCCAGGAAUACGAAGAUGCGGGCAUCGCAGAGCAGAUGAUCGAAGACAUUUACCGCAAGGGCACGAAAUACGGCUGGAAACCUCCUCCACGCAGUAUCGGUGGAACUUUAAUGCCUUUGGACGGUGUUGGUACCGGAGCAGCCAACAGUGCUGUACAGAGCGGGAGAAACACCCCGGAUUUGAUGGCUUUACCCUCGUCGUUGGCCGGCACACCCUUGCCGACCUCGCCGCCCAAGGGGAUUGGUGCUGCUGGCGGCAGCGGCAGCGGCAGUGGCAGUGGCAGUGGCAGUUCAGUGGGAGGAUCGUUCAAGUUCAACGUCGCCGGAGCGGGCAGUUUUGUCCCGGGCAAUGGGAUCAUCAAAGAGAGUCCGCUCCGAUAG